AGAGGGAAAUCUCUGGGAAGGUGGAGAAGAGACAAAAAGACUUUCUUAAAAUCAUGUCCAAACCAAGCAAACAUAAACACUCACUAGGCUCAAUACUGUUCAGAUGUUCAGUUGCCAGCCUCCUUGUUGUCAGCAGCUUGAGGCAAGGUGACCUAUCAGGUACACACCUGCAAUUUUAUACCUGACCUGACUGGCUGUCUGCAGGCUGUAAUAACCAGCAGAGUGGAACCCUAACUGCGCCUCCUCCAGCCUCACCUUCAAGCCCUGACACAGAACAACACCAAACCUUUUCUAACUUUACGACAGGUGCUUGAGUUUUACACAUAAAUAAGAGCUUCAUUAGCCAGCAGCGGCUGCAGCGAUGGUCGAGGGGAAACCGUAUCGAUACGGGCUGAUAGUUGCGGGGCUGUGUGUGGCGGCAGUCGGCCUCUUCAUCAUGACUCAGGAGCAGCCACACAUCUAUGCCACAAUGUGCGCUCUGGGCGUCACUAUGGUGUGUGUUGGGACUGCGUGGAGCCUCUGCCAGUGCUAUCCGAAGGUGAUUCUGGGUCCUGAGAUUCAAGAGAAAAGUCCAGAGGAUGUGGUGUGUACUGCAGCUGGAGCAAGGCAUGCUGAGGCUCUGCCAGGUUUCUGUGGCCAAAAGUCGAGUAGCAGCAGACUUCUUCCCGAAGCCCUGAAGAGCCACAGCUGUCCUACGCUGCACCUGGUCUGAAGCAAGGACAUCAUCAUCCUCCUCCUCGCUGGUCCAAUUAAAUCACUACACCACACUGCACUCAGGACAGAUCCUCUGCUGUAUUUUUAUAACCUGUAACAGCUGAAUUUAUUUAGUUUUUUGCUGUUUUAUAAAGUGACUGAUUUUGUGUCAGAAGUCUAAAUAAAGUUGAA